AUGUCUCACUGGUCAAGCGAAUGGGAAGCACAAGAUCUUCGUGCCAAGAAGGAAGCACUGAAUGGGGUUCAGGAGAAGCAUGUCUUUCUGGAAACUGAAAUCGAGUCAAUCAGAGAUGUGGCUGGACGAAGAAGAAGUGCUAUUGGAAACUUGAAAAUUGAUGAAGUUGAUCAAGGUGGUCGCUUUGUAAAGAUCCGGAACCAUGCCACUAAGGAAGAUGAGAACAUUGGGGGUUAUCUGUUGAAGCAGGACAUCAAAGGUCAACCAGUAGCUGUAUUUAGAUUUCCCUCCGAGACCAGGAUGGAGCCUAACUCCACAGUGACAGUUUGGGCAGCAGAUUCUAUGGUGAUUCACAGAUUUCCCUCAGAUCUUCUUUGGAAGGACCUGAAGAGAUUUAGGACAAGCCUUGACUGUACUACCGUUCUCUGUGAGCCUAGUGGCCAAGCUGUUGCUUGGUAUACUUCUCUUUACUGGACCACCAUGCAAGAAUUGGUGGCGACAGGGGAAAGUGAAGAACCUGAGAACAUUGUUAUACCAACUUUCUCUACAACAAGAGAGCAAUGUGAAAAGGAAUCUGCAAUAACUGAUACAGAGUGGAACGUGGCUGACCCAUGGCAAACAAGUAAAAAAAGACCAAGCUUCAUCAAAAGGGAAAAAAAGACCUUUUCAUCCCUUUACCCUAAUCAGAGUGCCUGGUGCCAAAGCCCAAACACUCCUACACACCCUCACUUUUCCCUGGGUAGACCAUUAACCAUGGGGAAUGAUGGCAGCAGCUUGUGCAGGCAGUCCCGGUGUCAGUCAUCAAGGCCUGACCCUGUUCCAGAGCUGGGCUCCCAUAUCCAUUCUACCAUCUUCCUGGACAGGGAAAAGCUUGGGACAGAAGGGGAAUCAGCACUUGCCACCUGA